AUGGCUUCUGAAGAACUCAAUAACCUAAGAAAACCAUCUGCAAGACGUUCGAAGCCUAAUAUGGCGGCUCUAGUAGACCAGCAGAGGCUUUUCGAAAAUCCUUGGAGUCGGAAGCCCUUAUUCCAGCUAGAAUCACUCGUACCAGUUGUAUCUUUGCAUGAUGUAGGAUCUCACCCAAGUAGUAUUGAACGGGUUGAUAUGACUUCAACAUCCCUUGCUGAAAAACGUUUCCUCAAACAUCCAUCUGCUUCGUUCUCUUCAUCUGAUGAUUCAGAUAUUAUGGAAAACAAUAAUAUAACUUCAGUUGAUGAAGAUGAUGAUCUACCUUUGUCUACAUUCCUUCCCUUGAAAUCAGAUACUUUGACCAAUAAUACAACUAUUAUUAACAAUCAUCAUUAUCAUAAUAAUAAUAAUACUAACAAUAGUAUUCAUGAUGAAAAAAAUUUCAUACCAUUUUGUCCAUGUACAAAACCUGCAGUUCUAGAUGAUCCACGUUUAGAUGGAUUAUUUUGUUCACCUGAAUGUCUUAUACGUGCAUGUCAUGAAGCAUUUGAUGUAUGGUUAAGAAAUCAUCAUUGUAUUAAAAAUAAUUCUAUAAUUUAA